AAAAAGUUAUUUCGGUGGAGCUCGUUUACAUUGAAAAUUGCGACUAAUACUUGCUGCAUUUUCCUUGUGCCAUAUCGCCGUAUAGUGUUCCAUACCACUCCAAGUCUUAUAAUGUCUCCUCAUCGUAAGAAACUCAAGCUUUCGGACGGCGGAGUGGCUGUUCCUCCCACCAAAGAAAUUGCUCCCGAGAGUGAUGCUCCCAUUACCAAUGGCGAAGCGAAGGUCGAAAAGCCAAGAAGGUCACUGUUCGUGAAAGGUCUGGCGCCAGAGACGACUACGGAUGAUCUCACAGAGCUCUUCUCACAAUCAUUUCCAUUGAAGCAUGCUACCGCCGUGGUCGAUCCCACAUCCCAAUUGUGCCGUGGCUAUGGUUUCGUUACCUUCGCUGAUGCAGAAGAUGCGCAAAGAGCCAAGGAAGAAUUCAAGGACCAUAUAUUACAUGGGAAAAAGAUCAGAAUAGACGUAUCAGAGCCUCGUCAGCGUAAAGAGAAAGGGCCGCCGAAUGCAAGCCGGCCGGCCAGCGGGGUCGCUGUUGCGAAAGAGCCUGCAAAGGUAGACAACGCGCCACGAUUAAUUAUACGAAAUCUACCAUGGAGUAUCAAAACCCCUGCACAGCUACAGAAACUGUUCCAGCCAUAUGGCGCUAUGCACGAACCUAUACUUCCUAAAAAGCCAGGCACAGAUCAGUUGAGGGGGUUUGGCAUCGUGGUCAUGAAGAAGAGAAAGAAUGCUCAGACAGCAAUUGAGAAACUCUCGGGGAAGGAAGUUGAUGGGCGUACUUUGGCUGUCGAUUGGGCAGUGGAUAAAUCAACGUGGCAGAACCUGCAACACAACACCGAAGCUGAGGACGACGACGAGGAUGAUGAGGAGGACAAUGACGAUAACAACCAGAAUGAAGAUGAAGCAGACAGCAGCGAUGUGAAAGGCACAGUCAUCGACGAAGAUGUCGACGACGACAUGGAGAAUUCUUUGUCCGAUAUUGAUAACCUCGCAGAGGAUGGCGAGGACAUGGACGAGGACGAUGAAGAUGAAGCUUCAGAAACUGAGCCUCCGAUGACUACUCUCUUCGUACGCAACCUUCCUUUUUCUGCAACAGAUGAAUCGCUCGAGGAUCAUUUCCGAACUUUUGGUGCUGUGCGGUACGCUAGGAUCGUAAUCGACCAUAACCUAGGAGUUCCGAAAGGCACUGGGUUUGUUUGUUUCUACAAGGAAGAAGACGCACAACAGUGCCUGAAGAGAGCACCAAAAGAAAAAAUUGACGUCCAAGUUUCACGACCCUCUGCCACCAAAUCAGUGCUGCAGAAUGUGGAAAAUGAUACUUCAGGUCACUACACGAUGGAUGGCAGAGUUUUACACCUGUCUCAAGCCGUUAGUCAGAAAGAUGCAAAGCGUCUGCAAACAGAAGGUGCUGACAAGCGACUCACGCGCGACAAAGACAAGAGGAGACUGUUCCUCUUGAACGAGGGGACAAUCUCGACAAAAUCUACGCUGUAUCAAAAACUAUCACCAACCGAAAUCGCCAUGCGAGACGCUAGUGUAAAGCAAAGAAAGACCUUGUUACAAACAAACCCAUCUUUGAACAUUAGUUUUGUCCGUCUUGCUGUUCGAAAUAUACCCAGGAGUAUCGACUCGAAGGCUCUGAAGGCGCUUGCUCGUGAGGCAGUAGUUGGAUUUGCAACCGAUGUCAAAGCCGGCCUUCGAGAGCCGAUUUCCCGUGAGGAGUUGAGCAGAGGAGGCGAGGAGAUGAAGAAAGCAGAGAAAGAACGCAAGAAGCGCGCAGUCGGUGUUGUAAAACAAGCUAAAGUUGUCUUCGAGGGCGAAAAGGGCGGCAAAGUGGAUGAGAGAAGUGGUGCUGGCAGGAGUCGCGGUUAUGGUUUCAUUGAAUACUACACGCAUCGGAACGCCCUCAUGGGUCUGCGAUGGCUCAAUGGCCACGAAGUCGGUUACAAGACACAGGAGCCGAAGAAGAAAGGCAACGCGGAAUUUCAGGACCGCAAGAAGAGACUUAUCGUUGAAUUCGCUAUUGAGAAUGCCCAGGUCGUACAUCGCCGCCAGGAGCGAGAAGCUAAGCACCGCUCAGACGGACAGGAUAAAGGCGACACCGAGAAUCCUGUCAACGAGGAGGCCAAGGUUCAGAAAGGCGGCUUCAAGGAUAAGAAAGGUAGUAUCAAGGACCGGAAAGCGGAACGAAAGGACUUGAAGCGGAAACGAGGUGACAAGCCUGAUACUGGUAACAAGAAGCUUAAACCGAAGACUCCUGCACCGGUCAACAACGCUGCUAAGGUCAACGGUUCUGCAGACAAGGGCGUCCAACAUAUCAUCGCUAGGAAUCGGCAUGAGAAGCGAGCGGCACGCAAGAUGCGGAAUGCCGCACAAAAAUAGUUCAUAGUAAUCUCACAGCAUUCUUCGGCGUUCUAACAAAAGUUCAGAGAACGUUGGCGUGUCAUUUGUAUCUUGCAUAGAGGGAAAUGAGCUGUGUUGCAAGUGCUGGUCACAAUCUUGUUGAGUAUGUCUGUUGCAAAAGUGCUUACAUCGAGCCUUUCACAGCAACAGAGAAGUCGUGAUCAUAUUGCAAUACUAAGACAUGUAACGCUAAAUGCUAAUGGAGGACCAUACUGAGCCACAUGCAG